GUGGAAAAAGAGCAGAGAACGAAGUGCUGACGUAAGCCGCCCAUGCCCGCCCCACCAGACGACUUCCGCUCCGCUGGACGGUGGAAGGAGAGUGCGAGGACUGAGAGGAGAGUCCCUGGAGCUCUCGGCCCCAGAUAGCGCGAUGCGAUCUGUUAGCUACGUGCAGCGAGUAACUCUGGAAUUCGGCGGAAGCCUCUUUCCGCAUGCGAUUUGCCUCGGCGACGUCGACAACGAUGCGCUGAAUGAGCUGGUGGUGGGGGACACUGGUGGGAAGCUGUCAGUGUACAAGAAUGAUGACACCCGGCCUUGGAUCACCUGUUCCUGCCAGGGAAUGCUUACUUGUGUUGGGGUAGGAGACAUAUGUAACAAGGGAAAGAACUUGGUUGUGGCAGUGAGUGCUGAGGGCUGGUUUCACCUGUUUGACCUGAUGCCUGCCAAGAUUGCAGAUAGCUCUGGGCACCAUGAGGCACCGGCGGGCGAGGAGCAUCGACCAGUGUUCAAGCAGCACAUCCCUGCCAAUACCAAAGUCAUGCUGAUCAGUGAUAUUGAUGGAGAUGGGCGCUGUGAGCUGGUGGUUGGCUACACAGACCGUGUGGUGAGGGCCUUCCGAUGGGAGGACGCCAGUGAGGGCAUGGACCAUGUGACUGGACAGCUGGUAUCACUUAAGAAAUGGCUCCUGGAGGGACAGGUAGACAAUCUUUCAGUGACUCUGGGACCUCAGGGGACCCCUGAACUGAUGGUGUCCCAGCCAGGCUGUGCUUAUGCCAUCCUCCUGUGUACCUGGAACAAGGGAUCUCUCCCUGUCCCCGAAGAGAGCAACAGAGAGACCCCUGCUAUCCGGGAUGUCAUCCUGCACCAGACGUCUGGCCGUAUCCACAACAAAAACGUCUCCACCCACCUCAUUGGCAACAUCAGACAUGGUCGAAGCAACGAGAAUAGUGGCUCAAGUCUCUUUGCUCUUUGUACCCUUGAUGGAACUCUAAAGCUCAUGGAGGGAGCAGACAAGCUGCUGUGGUCAGUACAGGUGGAUCACCAGCUUUUUGCUCUGGAAAAAUUGGACGUUACAGGCAAUGGAAGUGAGGAAGUGGUGGCGUGUGCCUGGGAUGGACAGACAUACAUUAUCGAUCACAACCGAUCUGUGGCUCGCUUCCAGGUGGAUGAGAAUGUCCGUGCCUUUUGUGCAGGCCUAUAUGCCUGCAAAGGAGGUCAAAACAGUCCUUGCUUAGUGUAUGUGACUUUCAACCAGAAGAUUUACAUAUAUUGGGAUGUGCUGCUCGAGCGGAUGGAGUCCACCAAUCUGGUGAAGAUUCUGGAGGCUGAGCCCGAGUACCGGGGCCUGCUACAGGAACUGGGUGUGGAUCCUGAUGACCUCACUGCCGUCCGAGCAUUGAUCCAUCAGACACUUUACUAUCCAGAUCAGCCGCAGCCAGAUAGUCCUUCAAGCAACCCAGAUCCUUCUUAACUGGAGAUGCUUUCCCAGGGAAUGAGGGAAAUAACCAGAACAGAGUGAUGCAGACUCAAUGCUCCCAGCACCACUGUGCUGGGACCAACGGCUGAAGCCCAACUUUAGCCUUCCCUCACUUUGCACCAUCAGUUUGCCACUUGUAUUUUGUCGGGGGGAGAAAAGGAAAGGAGGAGAUAGAAUCAUCUGUGGCCCCUUUUGUCAUGUUUCUUACUUCAUGUACCCUUUUGGGCUCAGGGGAGGAAAAAUACUCAGGUGUCCGGACUAUCCGGAAUGUUACUUUGUGCGCAGCAAUUCUGGACACGUCGUUAUUAAUGGUAACGAGCGGGAAUGCCUUCUCUUUCUUCCUGUACUUUUUAGACAAAGAGUGAGAUAUACUCUAUUUACAUUCAUCUAUAGAGUAUUUCUGACAUUUUUCUUCCCAGGUUGCCAAGAAAGAAACUUGGAGCAUAGAAGGAAAGAUAGCAUAUUUGUGGUGAAAAGUUGAGCCAAAUACAGAAAAAAAAUAAUUUGACCUGACUCUUACAAGAGCCAUGUUCAUUGGAUCAUGGAGGUAGAAGGGACCUCUGAGACCAUCUAGUCCUACCCUCUCUAUUUACAGAUGAGGGAACUCAGGCCCAGAGAGUUUUAAGUGACUUGCCCUUGGUCACAUAUAUUGUGAAAGUUUUGUUUUUGUUUUUGUUUUUCUGAGUCAAAGACCUCCCCUCCCCUUCUCAACUCUUUGGAGGGCUAUUCACCUGGAAAAUUACCAUAUAAAAUUUAGUGGUAGCCUUAAAUGUUGGAGAGCACUUGGGGAAUCAAUUUGAAUCAUUUUUUAGGCCUGAUUUGAUCUGUCUGCUUUCUUGAUUAUCCUUUGGGAUUAUACUAUUAAUAAGCCCUAUUUAUAUGAGUCAGAUGGAAUUCAAGUUCCAUCCUUUCUCCUUCUCCCUGAGGAGAGACAAAUAGUAAUAAUAUUGUCAUCAUUUAUGUAGAGCUUUAAGGUUUGCACAGUUUUUCAUAUGCAUUACCUUACUUAAUUGUUGAGUUUCCUCUAGCAAGGAUGGGGCUAAUGGGAAGAGGCAGCCAGAAAAGACUUAGCAUUAGGAAAACAGUAUUUAUUCAAAUGAAGAGGCAUUUGGGGUGGGGUCUAAUGAAGAUUUGCUAAUAGCAGAUAGAGGGAAAUGAAAAAGGAACAACUAGAACAGGACUUUUAAUUUUUUUCCUUUUCUUCUGAGAAACUUUUACGAGACCCUGGGUAUAUAGAUAUAUAAAAAAGAUAUACAAAUCAAACAUUUACUGAAAAUAAAUCAUAAUUUCGCAACCCCCAUUUUCAGUUAAGAAACCCCAUAUGGGGUUGCAACUCACAGUUUAAAGAAGUUUCAGACUAGUGAUCAUAGGAAAAUUAGAUUAAGGGGAAUGAAAGACUCAUUGAGACCUCAGAUAUAGCAAGAUUAUAAUUUAGUGGGAUCUUAUCUUUUAUUUUAGAGGAAUUAUUGGAAAGGGAUUGGGAAAAGAAAUAGCCCUCUUUAUUCUAAUCCACCUUGAUCAUGGCAAGAGAACAGACAGGGGGAAAAGGUUAUCCCCAAAACCAAGGAAACUCAAUUCCUACACAGCCUAGCCCACUGGUCAGUGCCAUAUCUUUCUCUACCCUUAAGUCAUAUUUUGAGAGAAGAAAGACAAUUAGCCAGAAGGGUAUUCUGGGACCCAACCUUUUGGCAUCCAAUUCCUUUUCCUAAAAAUGAAAUCAAAGGAGAUUCUUUUUGGGCUCAGCACCCAGCUAAGGAAUGCUACUGGGAUUCAGGUGAGGUGAACUCCAUGCUUAUGGGAGCAGAAAUGGAGAAUGGAAAUAUAAAGAGGAACAGAGCAAUUAGAUAGACUCCAAGGUUAAAGCCAUCGACUUCUAAUCCCAUCUCUCAUACUUACGGGGAGAAAUAGUCAUUACAGAGUGUGACCGUGCAGUCAAACUCAUGGAACUUUCCAUACCCUGUGGCCCAGUGAUCCCAUUAACAAAGUUAAUGAGAGAAAGAAAGUCUUUUACAUAAUAUACAAAAUAAUCAGUAAUGUUCUGUGGUGGCCAAAAAACCAACACAAUUGGAAAUAAAAUGGUUGCCAGUCCAUUGGAAUUGGAGAGGCUGAAUAAAUUGUGGUAUAUGAAUAAAAUGGAGUGUUGUAAUGUAAGAAAUAACCAUUGUGAGAUAUUUGAAGAAAGUGGGAAAAUUUGUAGAAACUGAUGAUGAAUCAAAAAAUAAAAUCAACAGAAUAACCUGCACGAUGACUAGAAUGAUGCAAAUAGAAGUUACACUGAAAUGUAUACAAAUAGAUUAAAUUAUACCAGUGAGUUUUAGUGAUAAAGAAACAGUCUUCCCUCCUCUCCGUAAUAGGGUAAGGGAUAUUAGCUAUAGGAUGUAUUAUAAGCUAUUAGGGGGUCAAUUUAUGGUUGGAUUUUACCUAAAGGCUUGUUUUACUUAAAAGAAAAAUCCAUGGUGGGCAGAUAGGGGAGAUCAUAUGUUUAAAAAUGACUGUAGCGUAAAGAAGAGAAGUCAUCAGUAAAAAAAAAAAAAUAACAAUCAUGUCUAAUGCCAGACCAAAUAGAGGACACAAAAGCAGCUGAGGUGGGAAAGAUUACAAAUGAGUUUAUAAUUCAGCAAAAUGUAGAGAUCAACAUAGUAUCAAUGCCAGGCAGCAGGUGGGUUGGGACUCCAGGAAAAAAGAAAAAAAAAACAGCUAUUAAAGAACUGAUAUUCAGGGAAUUAGAAUGGUGAGUGUCAGAGCAUCCGCCAUGGAGCAGCUAGGAGGUGUAGCAGUUAGGUGAUGGACAUCAAGAAGAAGACUCAUAUGGUGUGGCAGAUGUUUAGACAUUAAGGAACAAUAUCGAGUAUCAGUGAUGGAGACCUGGCAGUCAUGCAAAUCAACUCAGUACCAAACCUCAAGACUCCAGUGUGUAGCUUUAUCACUCUUUCUGAGACAUCAUUGCCUGAGGGCUCUUUCUUUUAUGAAAAGACCCAAAAAGCUUUUUGAGAAAUUAGGGAGUAGUUUUGAAAAAAAAGAAACCUUAGUUCAAAACUUUCCCUAACAUUCUGAGGA